AUGCUUAAAACAACAUUAUUUCUGUUAUUUUUAAAUUUCGUUUCGAGUUCGAAAUUUCAAAAUUUCGUGAAAUCACCAAAAGAUGAUGUGAAAUGUAGUGACGGUAAAUCGGUAUGUCCAUCCGAAACGACGUGCUGUGAUUUGGGUGAAGGAGCGUUCGGAUGUUGUCCCGUACCUGAUGCUGUUUGCUGUGAGGACAAACUACAUUGUUGUCCUUCUGGUAAGUGUAAGACAAUUUAUUGAGGCUGGGGUGAGAGUAACAGUGUAGAAUACAGUAGGAUAAAGAUAAAAGUCGGUAGAAGUCCUGUAUAAGAACGGUAGGGGUAGUAAAGCCAGAAUGAAAGUAAUAAUGCCAGAGUAAAGCUAAGGGCAGGGUAAGUGUCGGGGUAGGGUAAAGGUAAGGGAAGGGUACAGGUAAGAGCACAAUGAAGGUAAGGGCAGAGUAAAAGUGAGGGCAAAAUAAAGCUAAGGGCAGGGUAAAGCUAAGGGCAGGGUAAAGCUAAGGGCAGAGUAAAAGUGAGGGCAAAAUAAAGCUAAGGGCAGGGUAAAGCUAAGGGCAGGGUAAAGCUAAGGGCAGAGUAAAAGUGAGGGCAAAAUAAAGCUAAGGGCAGGGUAGAGGCAAGGACAGGGUAAAAGUAAGAGCAGGGCAAAUCUAAGGACAGGGUAAAUCUAAGGGCAGGGUAAAAGUAAGGACAGGGUAAAUCUAAGGGCAGGGUAUAAUUAAAGCCAGGGUAAAGCUAAGAGCAGGAAAAAGGUAAGGAAAGUGUAAAUUUAAGGGCAGGGUAAAUGUAACGGUCGGGUUAGGUAUAACCGUAUAAAACCAUAGUUUUUAGGCAUGGUAUGUGACACAAAAGAAGCCAAAUGCACUUUUGGCUUUGUAUCUCACCCACUUUUAAAGAAGAUCCCAGCCAAACUAGAGGAUUCAGCGUGCGAUAAUCCCUCGUACCAAUGCCCUAUUGGUACGACAUGUUGUGCAGCUAAGGGUGAACUGCCUGGAUGUUGCCCCUUACCUAAUGCCGUUUGCUGUCCUGAUGGAAAACACUGUUGUCCACACAAAACGACCUGUGAUGUUCAAGAACAACGGUGUUUAACGGUAAAAAAAAUACUCAAAAUUUUUAAAAUUUAAAAAUUUUUUAACCCGUAAAGAAAUUUUUUGCAGUUUUUUGCUUUGUAAAGAAAGUUUUUGUCAUAUUUCGAUUUGUAAAGAAAGUUCUUGCCAUUUUUCGAUUUUUAAAGAAAAUUUUUGCCAUUUUUUGUUUCGUAAAGAAAGUUUUUGCAAUUUAUUGAUUUGUAAAGAACGUUUUUGCCAUUUUUUACAAAAAAAAAAUAAAAUUUGUACCGUGCAGGUUGCGCACUACAAGUUAUACGAUGAGUAGCCCUUUUCUUUCAGGAAUUCGAUCAACUUCCAUGGUUCAAAGGCUUUGCCGCGUUUAGAGAAGCCAAAAACUCAAAAACUUUAAAGAAGAACAAUAUCAACUGCUCUGGAAACGAAAUGUCGUAAGAUUUUGUUUAAAAAUAGGUAUUAGAUUUUUGAAGUAAAGACGAUAAAUUUUGCCAAAAAUCGAUAUUAACCAUGACUUUUAAGCUGCCAAAACUCCAAGACAAACGAAGAAUUCUGUUGUCCAUUCAGCGAUGGAGUUUGUUGUGAAGGCAAAAGCAAGUGCUGCCCGUUUUCGUUUAGGUAAGGCAAAAAAUAGUUUUCCCCAAACUUUUUGACUUAUAUAUAGCUUUCUACCUACUUUUUGACCAAGAAAAAUAUUUAAAAAAUAAAACUUAUUUUAGUUGCUCACCAGAUACAGACGAUUGCGUGAAAGAAGGCCAGAACGUCAUCGUUACCAUGAAAUCCUUUCCUUGA